AUGGCACCAUCUGAGAUGAGUGAGUUGAAGAGGCAAUUGCAGGAGUUGCUGGAGAAGGGUUAUAUUAGGUUUAUCCAUGAGUUUCUAGAUAAGUUCGUGGUGAUUUUCAUUGAUGAUAUUCUGAUAUAUUUGAGGAACGAAGUAGAGCAUGAUGAGCACUUCGGAAUUAUCCUGGAGACACUUAGGAAGAAUCAACUAUAUGCCAAGUUCUCUAACUGUGAGUUUCGUUUGAAGAAGGUAGCGUUUUUGGGUCAUUAUGUGUCUAAGGAAAGAGUCUUUGUAGAUUCUACUAAGAUUCAAGCUAUAAGUGAGUGGCCAACUCCAAAGAAUGUGUCAAAUAUUCGAAGUUUCCUAGGUCUAGCUGGCUAUUAUCGGAGAUAUGUGAGAGAUUUAUCGAAGAUAGCGAGACCCAUGACCAACUUGAUGAAGAAAUAG